AUGGAGUCGGACGUGCGCCGUGCGAAGAAGAUCCUUGACAAGUUCUGCCCUCCGGGGUCGGUCAAAGGCCUCGAUAAGGUCAUUCCGGCAAGCGUCAUGCGCAAGGCGAAGGGAAUUGCGAUCUUUACGGUCUACCGUAUCGGGUUCCUGAUGAGUGCACGGGCCGGCACCGGUGUCGUGCUCGCGAAGCUGCCGAGCGGAGAUUGGUCGCCUCCUACGGCGAUUGGUAUCGGCGGCCUCGGCGGCGGAUUCAAUGCCGGCGCCGAGAUGGUCGAUUGUUUGAUUGUGCUCAACUCGCGCGCGGCGGUGCGCUCCUUUAUGUCGGUCGGAUCGCUGCAGCUCGGCGGUAACCUUGCUCUGGCGAUCGGUCCGCUUGGGCGUUCCGGCGAGGCGAGCGCCGCGAUGAAUGCAGAUAUGAAGAUGGCCGCCAUGUUUAGCUAUAGCAUGAGCCGCGGCCUCUAUGGCGGUGUGACGAUCGAAGGCACCGCGCUUUUGGACCGCCCUGACGCAAACGCGACUGUGUAUGGCCGCUCGAUCAAGCCGGAUGAGAUCCUCAAAGGCGACGUCGAUGCGCCGCCGUUUGCCGUGCCCCUGAUGACGCGCCUCGAGGAGAUUACCGGCGACGGUACUACGGCCGACACAGAAUCGUUGCAGAGCGACUCGGCGUCGGAGCUGAGCGUACCGCCCGGCAGCGCAGCAGCGUACGCCCCUCGGACGAACCGCCGCGCGGCGCCGCGUCCGCCGACGUCGUCCAAGCCCACUCGUACUGCGGGCAUGGACGAUCUGGAUCGCCAACUGCAGAGGACGAGCAUUUCGAGCGAGUACGAUAGGCCGAGCCAGUCGCGGGCGUCGUAUGCGCCGCGCCCACAGGCCUCGGUCGACUCGUAUGACUCGUUUGCGCGCGAUGCGCCUGCAGCCGACGAGCCCUCGUCCGGUCUGAACUCGUACGCGCCGUACAAGAGCCGCCGCCCCCGCCGCCCGAUACGGCCGGAGCCCGAGGACGAGUGGGAGCCUACCGCUAAGCCCGGCUCCGACGAUCCAUUUGCGGACCCUUUUGAGAAGCCUGCGGCGCGUGCGCCGAGUGCGUACGCCCCCAGUGACGACACCUCGUCGUUCGCCCGCGAGAGUACGGCAUCGUACGCGCCGUACAAGUCGCGCAGGUCUAAAGCCCUAAUUGAUCUAGAUCAGGACGAGGAGGAUGAGGACGAGGAGCCCCCAGCCCCCGCACCUGCCCCCGCACCCGCCUCGCAGCCCCCUUCUUUGCUCCCGACCGAGCUGCUCGAAGGCGACCUGGUCGUUGCGCUGCACGACUUCGAGGCGCAGGAGCCGAGCGACCUAUCGUUCAAGCGUGGCGACAUUAUCCGCGUGCUGAAGCGAACUGAUAACGAGUCGGACUGGUGGACCGGUGAGCUGGCCGCAGCCUUUAGCAGCGAGAAGCCCGAGUCGGGCAUGUUCCCCUCGAACUAUACCGAGCCACUCUAG